AUGGAACGCGAUGCUGACACCAGCUACCUGGAGUUCGAGUCAGACUUUGUAGGAUCGCGCGGCUCCCGCGCGCCCCCUGGUGUCGGGGCCCCGCUACUGCCCAGAAACCACGUGCUGGAGGGCUUCACUCCGGCUGGCGCCGCCGUCUCGCGCGCUCCUGCUCCGCCGCCGCGGGCCGGGGGCUGCGGGGCCCGGGGUGACGCCCCCCUGCUGCCUCCCCUCGUCCUGCCCUUGCUGCUGCUGCUGGUUUGGGGACUGGACCCGGGCACAGUGGAGGAGGCGGGCACGGGCGGGCGUCGCGGUCGCCCCGCGGAGCUGUGCUUCUACUCGGGCCGCGUGCUCGGCCACCCCGGCUCCCUCGUCUCGCUCAGCGCCUGCGGCGCCACCGGCGGCCUGGUUGGCCUCAUCCAGCUCGGGAAGGAGCAGGUGCUGAUUCAGCCCCUCAACAACUCCCGGGGCCUGGUCAGCGGACGGGAGCAUCUGAUCAGACGCAGAUGGUCCUCGACACCCAGCCCGGCCACCGCGGCCCAGACGCCUGGGCAGCGCUGCAAGGUUCUAACAGACAAGAAGCAGCCGCGGAAGGGCAGCCCGGCGCGGGACUGGCGUGAGCGGCGGAACGCCAUCCGGCUUACCAGCGAGCACACGGUGGAGACGCUGGUGGUGGCCGACGCGGACAUGGUGCAGUACCACGGGGCAGAGGCCGCCCAGAGGUUCAUCCUCACCGUCAUGAACAUGGUGUACAAUAUGUUUCAGCACCAGAGCCUUGGAGUGAAAAUUAACAUUCAAGUCACCAAGCUUGUCCUGCUACGACAACGUCCUGCCAGGCUGUCCAUUGGGCACCACGGUGAGCGGUCCCUGGAGAGCUUCUGCCACUGGCAGAAUGAGGAGUACGGAGGCGCCCGCUACCUUGGCAACAACCAGGUCCCCGGAGGGAAGGACGACACGCCCCCUGUGGACGCUGCCGUGUUUGUAACCAGGACAGAUUUCUGCGUCCACAAGGACGAGCCGUGCGACACUGUUGGGAUCGCUUACUUAGGAGGCGUGUGCAGCGCUAAGAAGAAGUGUGUGCUUGCCGAAGACAACGGGCUCAACCUGGCCUUCACCAUCGCUCAUGAGCUGGGCCACAACUUGGGGAUGAACCAUGACGACGACCACUCGUCCUGCGCCGGCCGGUCCCACAUCAUGUCCGGAGAGUGGGUGAAAGGCCGGAGCCCCAGCGACCUCUCCUGGUCCUCCUGCAGUCAAGAAGACCUUGAAAACUUCCUCAAGUCGAAAGUCAGCACCUGUCUGCUGGUCACGGACCCCCGGAGCCGGCACGCCGUGCGCCUGCCUCACAAGCUGCCCGGCAUGCACUACAGCGCCAACGAGCAGUGUCAGAUCCUGUUCGGCACCAACGCCACCUUCUGCAGGAACAUGGAGCAUCUGAUGUGUGCGGGGCUGUGGUGCUUGGUGGAAGGAGACGCGUCCUGCAAGACCAAGCUGGACCCGCCCCUGGACGGCACCGAGUGUGGGGCAGACAAGUGGUGCCGCGCGGGGGAGUGCGUGAGCAAGACGCCCAUCCCGGAGCACGUGGACGGGGACUGGAGCGCGUGGGGCGCCUGGAGCAUGUGCAGCCGCACCUGUGGGACCGGAGCCCGCUUCCGGCAGAGGAAAUGUGACAACCCCCCCCCCGGGCCCGGAGGCGCACACUGCCUGGGUGCCAGCGUGGAGCACGCGGUCUGCGAGAACCUGCCCUGCCCCAAGGGCCUGCCCAGUUUCCGGGACCUGCAGUGCCAGGCCCAAGACCGACUGGGCAGCAAGAAGAAGGGUCUGCUGACAGCAGUGGUGGUUGACGAUAAGCCGUGUGAGCUCUACUGCUCGCCCCUCGGGAAGGAGUCCCCACUGCUGGUGGCCGACAGGGUCCUGGAUGGCACUCCCUGCGGGCCCUAUGAGAUGGACCUCUGUGUGCACGGCAAGUGCCAGAAAAUCGGCUGUGAUGGCAUCAUCGGAUCUGCAGCCAAAGAGGACCGAUGUGGGGUCUGCAGCGGGAACGGCAAGACCUGCCGCGUGGUGAAGGGCGACUUCAGCCACUCCCGGGGCACGGGUUACAUCGAAGCUGCUGUCAUCCCGGCUGGAGCUCGGAGGAUCCGCGUCGUGGAGGAUAAGCCCGCCCACAGUUUUCUGGCUCUCCAAGACUCCAGUAAGAGGUCCAUCAACAGCGACUGGAAGAUCGAGCUCCCCGGAGAGUUCCAGAUCGCAGGCACCACUGUCCGCUAUGUGAGGAGGGGCCUGUGGGAGAAGAUCUCGGCCAAGGGGCCAACCAAAAUGCCACUGCACGUCAUGGUGCUGUUGUUUCACGACCAGAAUUACGGUAUCCACUACGAGUACACCAUCCCCGUCAACCACACCGCGGAAAACCAGAGCGAGCCCGAAAAGCCGCAGGACUCCCUGUUCAUCUGGACCCACAGCGGCUGGGAAGGGUGCAGCGUGCAGUGCGGAGGAGGGGAACGCAGAACGAUCGUGUCAUGCACACGGAUUGUGAACAAGACCACGACUCCGGUGAACGACAGUGACUGCCCUGAGGCAAGCCGCCCAGAGCCCCAGGUCCGGAGGUGCAACUCCCACCCAUGCCAGUCACGGUGGGUGGCAGGCCCGUGGAGCCCCUGCUCAGCGACCUGUGAGAAGGGCAGCCAGCAUCGGGAGGUGACCUGCGUGUACCAGCUGCAGAAUGGCACCUACGUGGCCACGCGACCCCUCUACUGCCCAGGCCCUCGGCCAGCGCCAGUGCAGAGCUGCGAAGGCCAGGACUGCCUGUCCAUCUGGGAGGCAUCUGAGUGGUCACAGUGCUCUGCUGACUGUGGCCAAGGGACACGGAAGCGAACCGUGACAUGCACCAACUCCCAGGGGAAAUGCGACGCGUCCACGCGGCCGAAAGCCGAGGAGGUGUGCGAGGACUACUCAGGCUGCUACGAGUGGAAGACCGGGGACUGGUCUAAGUGCUCAUCCACCUGCGGGAAGGGCCUGCAGUCCCGCGUGGUGCAGUGCAUGCACAAGGUCACAGGUCGCCAUGGCAGCGAGUGCCCCACCCUCUCAAAGCCGGCAGCCUACCGCCAGUGUCACCAGGAGGUCUGCAACGACAAGAUCAACGUGAACACCAUCACCUCCCCUCGCCUCGCUGCCCUGACCUACAAAUGCACCCGGGACCAAUGGACGGUGUACUGCCGGGUCAUCCGAGAAAAGAACCUCUGUCAGGACAUGCGGUGGUACCAGCGCUGCUGCGAGACCUGCAGGGACUUCUACGCCAACAAGAUGCGCCAGCCGCCACCAGCGCCACCGAGCUCCUGACGCGCGCCCAGCGGUCACUCAGACCCGAGGUCCGCGGCACCUGGCGUUCAGCGAGGGAAAAGCCCACCCACUCCGCAGCCGGGACCUCCCUAAAAGCACACUGCCACCCUCCCCGAGAAGCCCACCACCUAGACCUUGAACGUGGACUUGACGCUUGCCAUGAAUGAUGUUCUCCCUUAAUAUAUUGAUGUCAGCCACCGGAUGGCUUUCUACGGAAAAGGACGAUUAGGCCGAAUCACAAAAUCGUCAUUUUUUCCCCCAAGGUUCUGUGUACCUUAAAGGAGAACCCCUCUGAUAGACAGAUGUCAAAAGAGGAGACGGCCCUCGGUGCUUCUAACGGGCUUGACAGUUGAAUUCCCAGUGCUUGAGGGAUUGUCUUGCAAAGGACACGCUUGGUGGUGGAAGAGGCUUUAUUCUGAAAGCCAGCGACACCCCUGGCUGGAAGGAGAAAUGUCAGUGAGCUGCUCCGGACAGGGCUGGGUUACCAGUACCCCUGUUCCUCUCACUCCUCCUCUGGAUGACACAAAGACCAGGCCUUUGCUUCUCUGACCCUCUCUGCUGCCGUAAUCUCUACCCCCUGGGCCUUGCCUAGGAAGUCUUGGCCCUGAGAGGCUGCCCUGCAGAAGCCAAGGAGGAUGCAGUACUUGCUAUUGGGUUGUCGGAAAAGUUAUGACUUUUCCGACAACCCAAUCGUUCUCCAAGCCACCUGCAUAGGGAGAAUAUUCCAGAAGGUUCCAGAAGGGUCUGGGUUGGUGGAGGCAUUUUCUUCCCAUAUAGGAUGUGUGCACUCACCAGAGAGGGAAAGUGAGAAAUCAUCCCCCUG